CAAGAAGAAGAAGAAGAAGAAGAAGAAGGUUUCAUAGAGGAGGCUGAUAGCUGUACCUAACGUACUAACUCACAUUUUUAGGUGUUUUUAAGUGUCUAUAAGCUAAAAAAAUGGCCGAUGAUCAAGGAGAUGGAAUACCUACCCUGCCCUGCAUAUGUGUCACAAGUUGUGAUUCUAGCUUUAAAGUAGAGGAGACAGAUCUUGGGCAUGGAAUCACUACAACAAGCUACCAAAAAAGAGGAAGGAGUUUCUUGGUAUCCAUGGACAAUCAACAACAAGUAUUACACUGCAAAUGUCAACCUAUGUGUUGUUCCAAGUACAUUCAACAUGAAUGCAGAGAUUGCCAGAAUGACGACCUUAGUAAUGUGAAUUCCUGGUUAUCAAUAGUGGAGGAACUGGCCCCAGAAGUGUUGAUCCUAGUGUGUAACCAUGUGUGUGUGACAGAGCUUAAAGAAAGUCAUACACAUCUGGGAUUUCAUGAGGGUGUUGGACGACACGAGGCCCAGCAAUGGUGUCUGGCUCAUGCAUUUGAAUUAGUGGAGCUCAACCCUCAAGACCUUCCUGAUGAGGACAAGUCCACCGGAGUAAAACGUAUCAUGCAAGCUCUCAACGCCAACGUGUGGUCCAGUGUCGAGAUGAAAGAUGAACACAGUCAGGGAUUUGGUCUGAUGAGCAGCCUGGUAGCCUCUCGUCACAACAACCCACAACCAAGUCAAGAGACACUGUCCUGUAAUUCCCCAUCCAAUAAUUCAGAUGAAGGCACUGACAGCCAAAGAGAAGAGCGUAAUCUGAAUAAUACAGUAGAUACAUCAUUUGACAAGGCCUCUUCCUUACCACAUGAACAAAGGAAAGUACAUGCUGAAAAGUUGCACCAGAAUGAGAUCAACGGCUUGUCUUCAGGAGAGGAGGGUUAAGGCUAAAGUAACUCUUAACCAGCUUCCACAGUUGAUCCUCAGCCCACCCCUGAACCCCAAGUCAUUCCAAUUGUGCCCAGCCCUGUCCUGCCAGAAACCAAGAUUCGACUACAAGAACAUGCAAAAGAUGUGGUGGAAAAAAACAGCAAUAAAAGUUUCUGUUAUACUGCUGUGACUGUAAUCUCAACAUCCAACACGUCAAUUAGGCAGUGCGCAGGGUCAUUAUGGGCUUUUAAACAUUAUAAUGAGAAGGAUAGGUGGCGUUGCAGCGAGCAGGACUGCAGCCCCGUACAAGGGUCUGUCAAGUAGAGCUUUUUGAUGCAACAUAUGCUAAGAGGACAGAGGAGUUGAAAGUAGAUGUAUUUUAAAUGUGUUUUUCCUUUAUUUUUCAAGAUGUAAAUCAGAAUUAAGGACUAUGCUUAUGCAUGACAUUAGGUCUUCUUUAAUUAAAAUAAUGAUCUGUUGAAUCUGAAUACAUUUGA